UGGCGGCGGCGACGGCGGCGCGGAGGCGAAGGCGGCGGCGGGCGCCUAGAGGAGGGCGAGGCUGGAGGCCAGGAAGGCGGGAGGGCGUAGUGGCAGCCCGUCGAGGCGGCUGAGGCGGGCGGCUGAAGCGGUGGCGCUCGGAGGGGGAACAAAGAGCGGCGGCUGAGGCGGCGGCGGCGCUGCAGCAGCGGGCGGGACUGGUAUGGUGGUUCCACAGGGCAGACCCCGCUGCGCUCACAGGGAGGAGGCGGCGGCAGCGGCGGAGGAAGGCGGCGCACCCCGAGAGGCAUGCCCAAAGAAAAAUACGAGCCCCCUGACCCUCGGAGGAUGUACACGAUUAUGUCUUCUGAGGAAGCAGCAAAUGGAAAGAAGUCACACUGGGCAGAGCUUGAAAUAAGUGGAAAAGUAAGAAGCUUAAGCUCAUCUUUAUGGUCACUGACUCACUUGACAGCUUUGCAUUUGAGUGACAAUUCCCUGUCCCGCAUUCCUUCAGACAUUGCCAAGCUUCACAAUCUGGUGUAUCUGGACCUGUCAUCUAAUAAAAUCCGUAGUUUACCGGCAGAACUUGGAAACAUGGUAUCACUCAGGGAGCUCCAUUUAAAUAACAACCUGUUACGAGUUCUGCCUUUUGAACUGGGAAAACUGUUUCAGUUGCAGACUUUAGGCCUGAAAGGAAAUCCACUUACCCAGGAUAUAUUGAACCUCUAUCAGGAACCAGAUGGAACAAGAAGGCUAUUGAACUAUUUGCUUGAUAAUUUGUCAGGUACUGCAAAAAGAAUUUCAACAGAACAACCACCUCCAAGAUCUUGGAUUAUGUUACAAGAACCAGACAGAACAAGGCCAACUGCCUUAUUUUCUGUCAUGUGCUAUAAUGUUCUUUGUGAUAAAUAUGCGACCCGGCAAUUAUAUGGCUACUGUCCAUCAUGGGCACUAAAUUGGGACUACAGGAAAAAGGCCAUUAUUCAAGAAAUCUUGAGCUGCAAUGCUGAUAUCAUAAGUCUUCAGGAGGUUGAAACGGAACAGUAUUAUAGUUUUUUUCUGGUAGAACUGAAAGAACGUGGCUAUAAUGGAUUCUUUAGUCCUAAGUCUAGAGCUAGGACAAUGUCAGAACAAGAAAGAAAACAUGUUGAUGGCUGUGCAAUAUUCUUCAAGACAGAAAAAUUUACUUUGGUUCAGAAACAUACUGUUGAAUUUAAUCAGCUAGCAAUGGCAAAUUCAGAAGGGUCUGAAGCUAUGCUGAACAGAGUUAUGACAAAAGAUAACAUUGGAGUUGCAGUACUUCUAGAACUUCGAAAGGAAUUGAUUGAAAUGUCAUCUGGAAAGCCUCAUCUUGGAACAGAAAAACAACUAAUUCUUGUGGCUAAUGCUCACAUGCAUUGGGACCCUGAAUACUCUGAUGUGAAGUUGGUACAAACGAUGAUGUUCCUCUCAGAAGUGAAGAACAUUAUUGAUAAAGCUUCUCGAAACCUUAAAUCCAGUGUAUUGGGAGAAUUUGGAACUAUUCCACUUGUGUUAUGUGCAGAUCUUAAUUCUUUGCCAGACUCUGGUGUUGUAGAAUAUUUGAGCACUGGUGGAGUAGAAACAAAUCAUAAAGACUUUAAGGAACUGAGAUAUAAUGAAAGUCUUACAAAUUUCAGCUGCAAUGGGAAGAAUGGAACAACCAAUGGAAGGAUCACUCAUGGUUUCAAGUUAAAGAGUGCCUAUGAGAGUGGCCUGAUGCCUUACACGAAUUAUACAUUUGAUUUCAAGGGUAUAAUUGACUACAUCUUCUAUUCCAAACCUCAGCUGAACACUUUAGGCAUCCUGGGACCUCUGGACCACCACUGGCUGGUUGAGAAUAACAUCAGCGGCUGCCCACAUCCACUCAUCCCCUCUGACCACUUCUCACUUUUUGCACAACUGGAGCUCUUACUGCCUUUCCUGCCCCAAGUUAAUGGCAUUCACCUUCCUGGCAGGAGGUAGUUAAGUACCUUCAGAGGACAACCUCGAUUUACUUGUAAACUCGUGAAAAUCUGAAUAUAGGGGAGUGAGGUAUGGCCACUAGGGAUUUUUUUUUUUUCCUAAUGAUGAUUUGAAUUUUCAAUCUGAUUAUUUGAUAAGGAUACAGUAUGAAAGCCAGGUGCUAGCAACAGACAAAUUCUGAGCCCAAUAUGCUUUAUAUACUGUUAGACAGGGAUUGGUGUGUUUGCACCUAUCUUUAAUUUGUUACAAGAAAUUUUCCUGUUUCUUCAAUAUAAUAUUUUCAUGCCUUGAAACAGGAAAAUGUUUGAACAGCAUAUUCUUUUUGCACAGAGAUCUGUAGCACUACUUUUUUGAGGCCAGUAGUAACAUCCAGAGACCAUUCUUCCGUACUUGACUCUCUCCUUUUUCAGACUUGUUUGUAAAAUAUAGAAUUUGAAUUUAGCCUUUAUGAUUGUAUAUGAUCCACAGAAGACCUGAUCUAUGAAAUUUUGUACUAAAAAAAUCAGAUUUGGAAAUGAUUGUAUUGUAAACUAAGGCUAAAUUUUAUUUUAACUGUUUCAUGUGUUAUAAAGGCCAGCUUAUAAAAGAAGCUGCAACAGACUUUCUCUGCUCAUGAUUUGCACUGUUAGGGUUUUGUUAGCCCUUUUGUACUACUUUAUUUUUAAAUUGAGAACAUUGUUCUUUAAUCUAAAUCUGCUUAAACUUUAGAACAUUUUCUUGGACCAGAGGCAACUUAUUCAUGAAUUUCUGAAUUUUUAUGAAAACUAUCUACCAGGACAGAUAAGCUGAACAGUGAAUGGAUCUGUAGGCAUUUAUGGCUUGAAUGUAAUGGUUGGUAUAUGUACAUUCUGAUAUUUUUAAAUCUUUAACUUUUUUAAGUUAAAAAAAUUACAGCUGCUUAGGUACAGCUUCUUAACUGUUUUUUGAGACACUUCCUGUCCUAUCUCCACUGUGCCUGCCUAAAUUUGUUCUCACCAAGCACUGCCUGUGCAUGCAGAGAAAAUCUGUGCAUCCUCUUUUAUAUUUUUAAAAUCCUGUUUAACAUUUGUGAGAAUUUUAUGAAAAUGCUUUUGUAUGAGCUGUGGCUUUUUCCCAUUGUGAAGCAUUGGAUAUCCCAUUUUGGAACAUGUUCAUAGGGUGGGUCCCUGGAUCUUUGCUCACCAGACCCAAGCACUGCUUCUUGGUGUCAUUGCACAGUGCUGCUUGUCACCCAGAAUACUACUAUCAUGUGAAUUCUUUUUGUUAUCCAUGUAUUCCUUAGUCUCUCUUUUUUUUUUUUUAAUCAUUCCCUUUUUUAAGAAAAAGUAAUUUUCCAUUUAUGAAGCAGUAUAAAUUAGAUGCAUUUUCAAAACGGGUCCCUAAGACAAUUCUUCAGAUCAUUUUUAAAGUGACUAAGUCAUUUUAGUAUGUCAACCAAGAUAAAAGUUAUAUUGUACCCUGUAUUUUGCCCAUAGUGCCAUUAGUAGAUUAGAGAUUAAAGCCAGCUUUGACUUUGCAAAGUUAACUUGUAUAUGUUCUGUUCUCAUUCAUUCUUCUCUCGAAAAUCAAAUGAAUUCAGAGGGAGCUUGGUCUAACUGCUUUUGUUUCAACUGCAGGCAGGGGAGCAAAAGGGCACCAUGUGAGCAUUAAGAAAAAAAUAGUUAUUAGCAAUUUUUAUACAGAGAAUGAGUCAUUUUGGAUAAUGACUUAAAAUUUUAUGAAAAAAUGUUCAGCACUUAAAUGUGCUUAUUCUGUUUUUAAGAAAAAAUAAAAUUACAUGCUGUUUAAAUAAGUGAUUCUUUUUUUUCCCCCCCUCCCGUUCAGAAAAUUCUCCAAAAGCUUUUAUUCUUGAAUCUUUGUCUUGGACCUGGUUUUUCCUUUGAGGUUUCUUUUCUUUUCUUUCUUUUUUUUUUUUAAGAUUUCGUUGUGAUGUGUUUUUUUAUAUUUUGCUUUUUGUUUAAGUUGUGCUGACACCAAACACAUCCAGUUUUAUAAUCAGUACAUUGGAAAGCUGGUAUUGAUGUAGAACCAGUGCAUAACUUUUUGUGGGUUUUUUUUUUUGGUAAAGUGUGAAUAAAAGGUGUGUUUACUCAUUUUUCCUAAACACUGUGUUGGUAAUGUGCAUCAUGACAAUUUCCAGUGAGGGUGAGCUGGAGCUGGUUGGACUGAGACUGAGGAAGCCACUUUUCCUAUGAUCUGCAUUAUGUAAUCACAAGUCCAGAGAGCUUUAUGGAGGAGGGAGGGAUGGAGCACUUACUCAUUUUGUAUUUGUUAAUGGAGGAUGUAAUCUUUUCAUAGAUGCUGGAACUAGAGUGCACUUGUUAGAUGCUAAAGGUUUGAGCUUUACACAAAAUGUUUUCAUCUGUAUUUGUUAUUGUCUGCGGUAUAUUUGAAUUUUAGGGCAACACAUUAAGAUACAAUGGCCUGUUAUGUCUUGAAAAUACUUGUUUUUGCCUCUUCCAGUCAUACUGCAUUCUGUGGGUCAGUUUGAACAGCUUCUCCACCUUAUUUGGAUAGUGAUAAAUUGAACCAAGAGUGUAGAUUUACAACUGUAACCUUCAAAAGAGAAAGAAAUAUUUGGGGUCUAUAGAGAAUAGUCAUACCAAAAUAGACUAUGAUACUUUUGUUAAGCAAGGUUUUGUGUUUUAAAUAUUUUCUGUGUCCUGAAUAAUUUCUAAUAAUCCACAUUCCCUAUAAUGCAAUAAAAACUAGUAUAUUUUCA